CGCUGAGUAGCCAUUUUGGUCCCACCUAAAACAGACGGAGCAGCUCCACUUUGGGUCGUCGGAGAUGGAAGAAAUCCGACUCGACGGCGAGUAUUUCAGCCACCAAAACCUUGUGAAUCCCUCCAGGAAACACCGGGCGGUGACACUCGACGCCAUGGCUACUCUUUAAACUGUUUUUUGGUGCAAAGAAUAAAACCUUUGGGGACUGAUUCUGUUUUUUUUUAAAGUGGCGACCAGCGGCGUCUUAACGUUACUUUAGUUAGCUUCACUUGACACGGGCACUGAUUCGAGUUUUACACCUGGGCCCGAGAGGACGCGUCAUGUGAGUAAAGCGAACCUCGGAGCGUUUUUUAAUUAUUUUUUUUUUAGUGAAGGAUUUGUUUUCAUUCCGGUCCCCUGCAGUUCAGGUGCUCGUCUCUAACACGUCCGGUUUGGUUUCGAAAAUUGUCACGAUCCAUGCGGAGACCGCUUCCCCCCGGAGAGCCCCGCUGCACCGCAACGCCAUAAGCUGCGGGCUUCCUUCCGCUCACCGGGCUGAGCGAAGUGCCGGAUCCUUUCCUUCGGUGGGUGGCGGGAGUCCUCAGACGGCCACUGGUGGGAUUAAGGACAAAUAAAAGAGAUGUCAACAAAAACUCCUCUGCCAACGGUCAACGAGAAGGUGACGGAGAGUCACACCUCUCACAGCAAUGGGCGCCAGGAGGUCAGCGUGCGCUCGGCCCGGACCGGCGUCCGAUCCCGCGGCUCCGAGGAGCCGCAGCAGCCACACGUGGGGAAACUAGGGCUGCUCAAAACCAUCGGCAAGGGCAACUUCGCCAAGGUGAAGCUGGCCCGACACAUCCUGACCGGCAGAGAGGUGGCGAUUAAGAUAAUCGACAAGACGCAGCUGAACCCAAACAGCCUUCAGAAGCUCUUUCGAGAAGUCCGUAUCAUGAAGAUAUUGAACCACCCAAAUAUCGUCAAGCUCUUCGAGGUGAUCGAGACUGAGCGGACGCUCUACCUGGUGAUGGAGUACGCGAGCGGAGGGGAGGUGUUUGACUACCUGGUCGCACAUGGACGAAUGAAGGAGAAAGAGGCCAGGUCUAAAUUUAGACAGAUCGUAUCGGCGGUGCAGUACUGCCACCAGAAGCACAUCGUUCACAGAGACCUCAAGGCGGAGAACCUGCUCCUCGACGCCGACAUGAACAUCAAGAUCGCCGACUUCGGCUUCAGCAACGAGUUCACGAUGGGCAACAAGCUGGACACGUUCUGCGGGUCGCCGCCCUACGCCGCGCCCGAGCUCUUCCAGGGGAAGAAGUACGACGGGCCCGAGGUGGACGUGUGGAGCCUCGGGGUCAUCCUGUACACGCUGGUCAGCGGCUCGCUGCCCUUCGACGGCCAGAACCUGAAGGAGCUGCGUGAGCGCGUGCUGCGCGGGAAGUACCGCAUCCCCUUCUACAUGUCCACGGACUGCGAGAACCUCCUCAAACGCUUCCUGGUGCUCAACCCGUCCAAGCGGGGGACGCUCGAGCAAAUCAUGAAGGAUCGAUGGAUCAACGCCGGCUUUGAAGAAGACGAGCUGAAGCCGUACAUCGAGCCGGAGCUGGACAUCACGGAUCAGAAGAGAAUCGAUGUGAUGGUCGGGAUGGGCUACAACCUGGAGGAGAUCCAGGAGUCUUUGGCCAAGAUGAAGUAUGACGAGAUCACAGCCUCCUACCUGCUGCUGGGCCGCAAGGCCUCCGAGAUGGAGCCCAGCGAGUCGGCCUCCAGCAGCAACUUGUCUCUGGCCAAAGCGCGGCCGAGCAGCGAGCUCAACGGACAGUCGCCCUCCCACCUCAAGGUGCAACGCAGCGUCUCCUCCAACCACAAGCAGAGGCGCUACAGCGAGCAGGUCGGUCAGAACGUCCCUCCUGGGAUGUCCCACCCAAAGAGGAGUCCGACCACCACAGCGGAGAACAGCGCCAAGGAGGAAGGCGGAGUCCAAAUGCGUAAACCCAGCGCUCCGCCCGCCUCCCCCCUGCUGGGCAACGCCAACAACCCCAACAAGGCCGACAUCCCCGACCGCAGGAAAGGCGCCACCACCGGGCCGAGCAGCAACGCGGCGGCGGCGGCGGCGAUGACCCGGAGGAACACGUACGUCUGCAGCGACCGGAACAAUGGCGACCGGCUGUCCGUCAUCCCCAACGGGAAGGAGAACAGCAUGACUGAGAUGGCGUGUGCCACUAGCCCCUCCUCCGGCUUUGCGGGCGCUGCGUUCGGUGCCUCGUCCGGUUCGGUGCGGCUGAGGUACCAGAACGCCGGCCCGGCGGGCUGGGCCACGCUGCCCCACUCCUACUACGCCCUGGACUACUGCUCGCCCAACGUCGCAGCGUCGCCCGGCGGGCAGAGGAACCCGGUGGCGUCGAUCAACAGCAUCGCCAACGCCUCCACCCCCGACCGCCUGCGCUUCCCGCGCGGCACCGCCAGCCGCAGCACCUUCCACGGCGGCCAGCUGAGGGACCGCCGCACGGCCACCUACAACGGGCCCCCCGCCUCGCCCACGCUGUCCCACGACGCCACGCCCCUCUCCCAGACCCGCAGCCGUGGAACCAGCAACCUCUUCUCCAAGCUCACCUCCAAGCUCACCCGCAGAAACAUGUCAUUCAGGUUUACCAAAAGAGUCUCAACCGAGUUUGAGAGAAACGGGAGACUUGAGGGCUCAAGUCGCCAUGUACCUGGGGAUCAAAAAGGGGAAAACAAAGACGGUAAACCCCGCGCCCUCCGAUUCACUUGGAGUAUGAGGACCACCAGCUCCAUGGAGCCCUGUGACAUCAUGCGGGAGAUUCGCAAGGUGCUCGACGCCAACAACUGCGACUACGAGCAGCAAGAGAGUUUCCUGCUGCUGUGCGUGCACGGGGACGGGCGGGCGGAGAACCUGGUGCAGUGGGAGAUGGAGGUCUGCAAGCUGCCGCGCCUCUCGCUCAACGGCGUCCGCUUCAAACGGAUAUCCGGAUCAUCCAUCGCUUUCAAAAACAUUGCUUCCAAAGUUGCCAAUGAGUUAAAGCUAUGAGCAAAAGAAAAAAAAGGGGGGAGGGGGGGUUAAAGUAUAUAUAAAUAUAUCUAGAAGUAUUUAAGCUGUACAAUCAUCCAAGUAGCAGUUUCCAAAUGUCUCUUUUUCUAAACAAAAUACAGAGUAUGUAUUGAAUAUUCUAAUGUAUAGAUUAAGGCUUUUGGCAAUAAUCACUGAAUUACCUACUAAUAUCUGUCUAUCCAGGCCGACAUUAACGAGUUGAAUAUUUGUUAUGCUGUGAAUGGACAAAAAAAUUAAACAUUUCUAUUCUUAUUUAUUUCAUCUUAUUUUUCCUGCUGGGAAAAAUAAAAACAUUAUGUAGUUUUCAGUGUAAAUAUUCUCUUUACUUUCCACACGGCUUCACUGCAAUACGCAUUGUUUCUUUUGUAUUUAGUUUAAAAAGUAGAGAUGUGGAGUCUGUAAAUGGUCACAUGGUUUAUGGGUCACUCAUGUCUCAAUUAAAGUGUCAACUUGAA